AUGUGGCCAUUCAACACCAAGACAAGCUUCGUCAUGAUUGCGGGCUUGCAGACCGUGCCACCCCUGCCACCCGUGCAAGACCGAGCUAGCCUCUCCAGUGAGAGCGUGGCGGAGGAGAGGGAGGGGGAAGAAGGCCCGGACGCGGGUGCUGAGGAUACCCCUGCAUGUGACGAGAGCGAGGAGUAUGCUUUCGUCAAAGUCGGUGGCGACGACGACGGUGACGACGCCGACGCCGACGCCGACGCCCCCGUCUACGACUUCAACGACCCCGCCCCGGCCUACAGGACAUACAGAUACUACCGCAUGGACUGGUCCAGCGAGUCGCUGACCGCUCCCCCGACCCCCGAACUCGUCGGCCGGAGCAAAAGCUGUACCGACGGCAGCGAGACAGCCGCCAGCCGCGUCGACGACGACGACGAGCAACUCCCUGACCCCAUGGUGCCGCUGCCGUCGUCGGCGAGACACUGCCCGCUGCACUGCCCGCUGCACUGCUCGUCCCCUUCCUCGGACGACGGUAACAGCGACAAUGGUGAUGACGAGCAGGAGGGGUCGCAGGACGGGGAGGAGCAGUGGCAGGACGAGAGUCAACAGUGGCAGGACGAGGACCAACAGUGUCAAGAGCAGGAGCAAUGGGAUGAGAACACUGAGUCGGGGGAAGAGGAGGGGUUGGUUGUGGUGACCGAGGAUCAUCCGGAUUUCUGGGGAUACUCUGACCUCAUCCAAGAACGUGAUUAUCGGGAGAGGAUGAGGCAGCGGGAGGAGCAGAGAGAGCAGGAGGAGCAGAGGCAGCGGGAGGAGCAGGAGGAGGAGCAGCAGAACAAUGUCGAGGAGGAGGAGCAGCAGCAGCAGCAGCAGCAGCAGCAAGAGCGGCCCGCCCUCUCGGCCCAGGCCAGGCAGGCCGUGGCCGACAUGCGCGACGCCCUCGCCGACGACAAGGACUCGGGGUACUCGGCCUUCGCGGCGCAGCUCAGCGACGACGAGGUGCUCAUCGAGGCGGCCGUCGUGCUGCGCACGGCGCUGUGGCCGUCGCGCGAGGAGGCCCGCGAGGCCUACCGCAUGCGGGCGUGCGAGGCCCGCGAGCGCACGGCCUGGCUGCGCUACAUGGAGGCGGUCGAGGAGUACAAGGCGCAGCUGUGGGAGGCCAAGGCGGCGGUGGCGAAGCCCUGCCAGGCGUGA